CGGGUUGACAUUUAUACGAAAGCUUCUUUUUUUCUUGGUUCGGGUUUGGUUCGGGUUUGGUUGGUUUGGUUGGUUUGGUUGGUUGGUUGGUUAAAUGAAAUGAAUGGCUAGCAGAAUAGGGUUUCUUCCUUUGUGGAUUGUGUGUCCUUGUGACCCCUGGGAGCAGGGGGGACCAGCGCGCGCGAGAGAGAAAGUACAAGAAAGAGCAAGGAAGAGUAAGGAAGAGCAAGAGAGAUUGAGGAGGAGUGAAGGAGUGAAAGAAGGCAAGAAAGCGAGAAGGUGAGAAAGAGAGAGAGGGAGAAGGAAUAUAUCCUGCUGCCAGUGUGGCAGUGUGGCAGUGUGGCAGUGUGGCAGUGUGGCGGUGUG